AUGGACAAUCUAGAUAACUAAAUUGUGAAUAUUUUCAAAAAUGAAAUCUAAAUAAAACGAAUUCGGAAGGGUAUUGCUUAAUCAUAUGCCUAGAAUUGAAAUAGUUAGAAAUUCUGGAUAAGAAAGAAUUCAAAAUAACCUUGAAACAAUUAUCUAAUAAUUUACAAAUCAUUGUAGUCAUUUAUCAAAAUUUAGGUUGAAAUGCAACCAGUCGUUUAAUUAAACUAAGGAAAACCUAUUAAAUUUUGCUUAUAUCUUGAUAAUAAAUUCCCUUUUGUAUUUCCAAAAGUUCAUGUACUUAGUCAUGUACAAAUGAAAAUAUCUUAACUAGUUAACUAAACCAACUUUAGCUGAUGGAAGAGACUAUAUCGAAGAUGUAUUACACUAAUAAUGGAGCCCAUCUAUUUUAUUAAAUGAAAUCAUUCAAAAGUUUCCCAAAUUUCUCGUAAAUCCAUGAAUCAUCUAUAAAUUAGGAUUAAGUUAGGCAUCACAAAGAUAACAGAGAUCAAUUACUGUCUUUAGGCAAAUACAAUUAAGAUUAGGAAUAUGAAGGAUAACUAGGUUUGGAGGAUGUUGAAUUCUUUUAAUGCAAAGAAAUAAUAAAUGGAAGAUCUUAUUAAAAAAUAAUAUAAUUAAGCAAUAGUCAUAUUUUGAUGUUAGAAUCCUAAAAUAAAGUGUUGAAUCUAUAAAGCAUUUAGCCUACAAAAGAUUUAGUAAAAGUUGAAAAAAUAGAUAAUAGUGCCGUAUUAACAUGGAAAUCUGAUGAUAAUUUUAGAUCAUAAACAUUAACCCUUUAAAAUAUAGAUCAAUUUAUGGAUUCUAUUCUUCUCUAUAAAACUGGAUCUUCAGGGAAAAAAAUUUAAGAAGAGGAAGUAACAUUAUAAAAGUUUGAAAACUUUGAAAUUUAAAAACUUCUUGACCAAGUCAGUUAUUACGAAAAAUAACUUGAACAAGAAUUAACCCCCUAGAUUCUGAAUUCUCUUAUGAACUCUUAUUAAUAAGUAAGCAUUAUUUCAAUUAGGCUAUCGAAUAUUUUUCUGCCGUUUCUGAUGAAGAUUUUAAGGAAUAUGUUAUGCGUCUUUAAAAUUUAAUAGGAAGAGAAGAUGUUUAAAAAAUACUUUCCAAUAAAUUGUGAUCAUCCAGUAUUUGUAUAUGAUUUAUUGUUGAAUUCAGC